AUGGAUGGUCAGUCAAAUCACCUGAAUCUCUUCAACAACAGACCGCAGCCAAAAAAGAAACGAAAAUCCAGAACAGCUUUCACAAACCACCAAAUAUUCGAACUCGAAAAACGGUUUCUUUACCAGAAGUACUUAUCACCAGCGGAUAGAGACGAAAUUGCGAGUUCGCUAGGUCUCUCUAACGCACAAGUUAUAACUUGGUUCCAGAAUAGGCGGGCAAAACUGAAGCGUGAUAUGGAAGAGUUGAAGAAAGAUGUAGAAAGUGCAAAAGUCCUAUCGGCCCACAAAAGUUUCUUAGAAAAUGUGACUGAUCUGGGCAUUCUGAAGAAGAAGGCUAUGAGCAUAGGCGCAAGUGAAGAAGCGGCGACGAAUCUUGUUGUUAACGCGUCUAAAUGA